UUCAUUCGUUCCAUUUGUUGGUACAGCUAGCCUCCUCCGUCUGCAGUGUUGUGUGUGUUUGAUGAGGUGUGGUGGUAAGGGGAAAUGUGGUCCUUUUUUGCCAGGGAUCCCGUCAAAGAUUUUGCUUAUGAAAUUCUCCCUGAUAGUCCAGAAAGAUCUGGAAUAUGGACGCUGCAUCGGGGGAAGCGAAAGACUACCGGAGAACCAGUAUCUGUAUUCGUGUACGAGGUGGCCCAGGGAACAGAGCAGCAGACCCAGCUAGCCAAGGCUGCCUUCAAGCGAAUGAAGACUCUGCGUCAUCCUAAUAUCCUGGCGUAUGUAGAUGGACUAGAGACAGAGAAGAGCUUGUACCUGGUAACUGAGCAGGUGACACCCCUGGCAGUCCACCUGAAGGCCCAGGCAGAGAAGGGCGGUGCUGGUGAACUCGAGGUUUCCUGGGGACUGCACCAAAUAGUGAAAGCUUUGAGUUUUCUGGUCAAUGACUGCCACCUUCUUCAUAACAACUUGGGCAUAUGGGCUGUUUUUGUGGAUCGUGCUGGGGAGUGGAAGCUUGGUGCACUUGAUCAUGUGGCCCCUGAGCAGGGUGACCCCAGUGGGGUCUCGUUACCUGCCCCAAAAGCUGUUUACCCAGACAUGGAGAAAUAUGACCCACCAGAAAUAUCAGACAACGGGGGAGAGAAAUGGGCAGGUGAGGUGUGGCGACUGGGCUGCCUUAUUUGGGAAGUGUUCAAUGGACCACUUCCUCGUACUUCCUCCCUCCGUUCAUUGGGAAAGGUCCCAAAAUCACUGGUCCCCCACUACUGUGAGCUGGUAGGGGCCAAUCCCAGAGCUCGGCCAAACCCAGCCCGCUUUCUUCAGAACUGCAGAGCACCUGGAGGAUUUCUUAGCAACAGCUUUGUGGAGAGCAACCUAUUCCUGGAGGAGAUUCAGAUCAAGGAGCCAGCCGAGAAGCAGCAGUUCUUCCAGGACCUGAGUGACAAUUUGGACUUGUUUCCUGAAGACUUCUGUAAACACAAGGUCCUCCCUCAGCUGCUCACCGCCUUCGAGUUUGGCAAUGCAGGCGCUGUUGUUCUCACACCCCUCUUCAAGGUGGGGAAGUUCCUGUCGGCAGAAGAAUACCAACAGAAAAUCAUUCCUGUGAUUGUGAAGAUGUUUUCCUCCACAGACCGAGCCAUGAGGAUACGACUCCUGCAGCAGAUGGAGCAGUUCAUUCAGUAUCUUAAUGAGGCAGCAGUUAAUUCUCAGAUUUUCCCUCACGUUGUUCACGGCUUCACAGACACCAACCCCGCCAUCAGAGAACAGACGGUUAAGUCUAUGUUGCUGUUGGCUCCCAAACUGAAUGACGCUAACCUGAACCAAGAACUGAUGCGUCACUUCGCUCGGCUGCAGGCCAGAGACGAGCAAGGUCCAAUCCGGUGCAACACAACCGUCUGUCUUGGAAAGAUUGCCUCCUACCUCAAUGCCGGGACUCGACAGCGUGUUCUGAUUUCUGCCUUCUCUCGAGCCACGAAAGACCCGUUCCCCGCUUCACGCUCUGCUGGCGUGCUUGGCUUCGCGGCCACACACAACUACUACAGCAUUACAGAGAUCGCUGGUCGAAUCCUGCCCACCCUCUGUGCCAUCACAGUUGACCCUGAUAAAAGUGUCCGGGAUCAGGCGUUCAAAGCCAUCAAGAGUUUCCUUUCUAAGCUGGAGGCUGUGUCGGAAGACCCAGCCAAGCUGUCCGAGAUCGAAAAGGAUGUUGGGUCGUGUGCUCAGCCUGCAGGUGCAUCCUCCAGUUGGGCCGGUUGGGCUGUCACCGGCAUGUCUUCGAUAACAUCCAAGCUAAUCCGCACUGCUCCAGGUACAGAAGGAGGCACAGCAGCUGAAGGAAGUGGACCUGCUAACACCACCAGUCCCACUGGUGCCGCUGAUGGAGCGCCUGCACCUGAUUCAGAAGAUAAAACACCACAGAUCUCUCUGACUCACCACGCUGCCUCUAAACGUGCCAACCAAUCACAGACUGUUGAGGCUAGAGACAAUGAUGAAGAGCCGAUAGGAGACCGCUGGGAUGACGAGGAGGACUGGGGAAGUUUGGAGGAACCAGAGAAAACUCACACUGAUGACUGGAACACGGACUGGUCGGGAAUGGCAUCAUCUAAAAAGAAGGCCAGUGAGAGAGGAGUCGGCCGGUCGUCCACCUCCGUGGCCGUGAAAAAGCAGAGCUCUGACUGGAGUAGCUCAGGCUGGGACGCCGACGACAGCUGGUCCAACGAGAAGGAUGGCCAGGGUCAGAGCUCUGCGGGUGAGGAAGGCUGGGGAAAUGACUGGGGGGAGGAGGAGACGGACACGACGUCGGCCAACACGAUGCUACCUCUUCCUGAGGGGGUGCGUUUAGCCAGCGAGUACAACUGGGACAGCAGCAGCAGCACGGGGAAAGGAGCCACUCAGAAUGACCUGUUCGCAAGCGUCUCCCAGAGAAGCGCUCCUGCUGCCAUGACUGGAGAUGGCUGGAGUGCUGAAACAACAGGAGACUGGGGAACUGAAGAAAGCUGGGAAUCAGUAGAUGGAAGCCAAAGUCUAAGUAAGGCAGAGCUGUCCAAAAAGAAACGGGAGGAGAGAAGGAAAGAGCUGGAAGCAAAACGAGCCGAGCGUAAAGCUGCAAAGGGUCCUCUUAAAUUGGGUGCACGUAAGCUGGACUGAUUCAGACAGAACAGAAAGAGGGGGAACAUGGACUGCAAUGACUGGAGCACAGACGUGGAUGGAGAUUUCACAUUCCACAAGUGAAAGGCCAGAAAAGAAACAGCAGGGAGGGAAAAGCGAACUGACCAAUUCUCAAAGAUUUGUCAGAUGAACAAAUGAGAGCCUGUCAGUUGGACAGUAGAUGGCUACUUGGUUUGAGUUUUCGCUUUCUACAUUUAAGAACUGAUGAAGAUGAAAGCACAAGCAGGAAAGUGACAGAAAAUCCAAAGACUUGAAGCACUGCAGAGCAGCAAAAUGACAUUUUUUUUCCUUUUUAUUCAUGACUCAUGAAGUUGCCAUUGUACAUAAAUGUAUAUAACUGAUGCAUCUUGUCUUGAAGUAAAUUACAUUUUUCUUUUUCUUUUUUUUUUUUUAGAAAAAAAUAUAUAUGAAAUUUUUCAAAACCUGUAUUAUUCUGAAUGUUUUUCAUUACAAACUGUAUGCACACACAGUGGAUAUGACUGUUUUGAGGUCAGCUGUUGCAGAUUUAGGACUGAAAAUCAGACCAUGCAUGCACUUGUAUAUUUUUGUGGCCCAGAAAAAAAAAUUCACUGCAAGAAUUACUAAAUGUGCUUUCUUUGCACAUAUAAUACUACAUUUUACUGACAUAACCACCUGAGAGUGGACUGGUUGCAGAACUGUAAAUGUCAUUGCAAAAUGUUAAAGUGAAGAUGGCAAUCUGGUUUCAAGGUAAACUGACACUGUGUUUAUGGGAUUUUUUUUCUGUUUCCAGUGAGGUGUUGUGGUGGAAGGUCUCACAAGUCAUGGGAGUUUUAUUUUCAUGUCUCCAGCCGGUCUUUUGUACUGCAGGGAUCACAGAAACUGUCAUGGGAGAAAGCUUAAAUUUAUCCAUCAGUAAUUUUAGUGUGGUAUGGGUAAAGAAGAGUUUCAUGAUGUUUCUUGAUGUUUUAUUUGUGCCUUUAUUUAACUAAUCUGUCCUGACAGAUAAAACCCAAGAGCUGCACAUUUUAAAGGUGAACCCAAACUGUCUCAAAAACAGCAGAUUUAGUAUUUUCUAUCAAAGCUUUCAAUGUGACCUUGUAUCGCUUGUUUGUGUUAUUAUUUUGGUAGGUCUGGUGUUACUAGCCAUACAAAAUAUUUCAUAUAGAAGACAGCUGAUCCAAUCAACAGCCAUCAUCACCACUGGAACUAAGGCCCUGGUAUUAGAUGCUCAGGUGGGGACAUGCAAGGAACUAUCAUCAAUUUGAGCAAGGCUUGGUGCAAUGUUUCACAAAAUAUUCAAAUCAUGUAGCAUGUGAGCUAUUCUGAAAUAAAAACAAAUACACACAUUUCUUCGUUACAUUUCA